CUGCGCCUCCAUGCUCACUUGGUUCAUUAUUCAUUCACCUUUCUCUCUAUACUUACACUUCCUACUCAUUCUCUCUAGAAAUUAACCCAUCUUCAUCCCUUUUGUGUGCCAUUUCUCAUGGUCCUUUAGAAUUCUUGUCUUCUGUCCCAUGAACUUUGAGACUCUAGUUUCGGCCCCUCCAUUUAUGAUUCCAUGUGGUUGGAGGAAUACAGUCAGUUUCUUUGGUUAAAAAAGGUGGAAACUGAAAUGCAACAAGGAUGAAGCAUGAAGAACCAAAGAGAUGGCUCAAAAGAAAUUGAUAGAAAGAGUUUCGGGGAGCCAAGAGGUUAGGUUUGAAGACUCAGAAUAUCUUUCCGGGAUUGGGAACCAGCAAAGACCAGAUUCAUUUUGGACUUCUUGCAAUUGGUGCAAGACACAAUAUGAAUAUUGUAAUAUGUACAUGAAUGAGUUUCUGGAGUGUCCUUGGUGCAAAGAGGCUAUCAGGGCAAAGGAGACUCCAGCUCAUAACAUAAAAGUUCAAGGAUCACACUAUCGGAAUGUCUAUCGAAACUUCGAAGAUCUUUCGAGCUUCUUGAGUCGUUUGAGAAGUGUGCUGUCAUCAGUUGCUGAAAACUGCAGAUACAUUCCUCCUGGGAUCGUGGAACCAACUCCAUCUCCCAGUUUUGUGUUCAGCAAUCCAUUAAUGCAGGAACCCAUGAAGAACCUUGAUGGUGAUUGCUCAACGAGUACCAAAGGAACUGAAAAGAAGCCCAGUCUUUGUAUCCUCAAUGUGGGGAAACCAGAGAGCAUCAUAGGAGCAGAUAUUCAGAAGGCAGAAAGUGCAACCUUUCAGGCAUCUUCAGUAAAAGUGAAUGUCCAUAUUUCAGGCCCUGUGAAGAAGAAACUACCGAUGAAGUCUGAUACCAUGGGUCUAUGGCAUAUGGAACUACGUGGUCUGCUAAUAAAAAAGGCAAACCAACAACUUGUAGGCCAGCUGAAGAAAUUUGAGAUGGAACAUUCAUUAAAGAAAUUUCACAUUGAAGAUCCUGAGAAAAGGAUUGCUGGCACAUUUCCUGAUCUUAAUGUGGAAGCUCAUUAUGUGGAAGCCUGUCUGUAUGAAACUGUAUCAAUGUCUGUGGCCGAUGCCAACUUCCACAGUUUCGACAAUGAAAGAGUUGAGUAUUUCUUCUCCAACAAUCAGGUAUGGGCUGCAUAUGAUGACGAUGAUGGUAUGCCUCGAUAUUAUGCCUUGGCUCAUAAUAUGAUUUCUAGAUCACCUUUUAAGCUCGAAAUCUGUUGGUUGAACUCCGAAUCCACAUCUGAGUUUGGAUCAUUCGAGUCGAUUUAUUCAAGAUUCACAAAGACUCUCGGAAAUAUCCGGGUGGGGAAAUCAAUAAACAUGAAGAGGUUAAAUUCAUUCUCUCAUCAAAUGAGAUGGAAAAAGGGUCCGAGAGGAGUGAUCCAGAUAUUUCAAGAAAAUGGAGAUGUUUGGGCAGUCUACAAAUACUGGUCUUUCCAAUGGAACUUAGACACAGAAAAGGAUGUAAUUUAUAAAUACGGAGUGAUGGAGGUGCUUGGAGAUUACAGUGAAGAUCAUGGAGUCUCGGUUGUACGCCUUGUGAAAGUGGCUGGAUUUACAACUCUUUUUGGCCGAAUCCCUGACCACAAUGUGGUUUGGACAAUUCCGAAGGAAGAGAUGUUCAGAAUCUCCCAUCAGGUGCCAAUGUUUAAGCUGGAUGGGAUGAAGGACAAAGGUGCACCUGAGGGUUUCUAUGGGCUCGACCCGGCAGCUCCACCAUCAGAACUGCUCAAUAGUAUUACAGAAGCUGAAGCAGCCGAGGCAACCACUCAGAGAGUUUCCGAGCAUCGUGCCUUAGUUGCAAUGAUGGAUUCAAAAUUAACUGAGGGUUUUUGGAAGGGAAAUGAAGGUUCCAAAUUUCUAAAGACGUACUUUGGAAGAAGGAAACACAAGCAGGCACAAGGUAAAAAAGAUAGAAUCUGUGAACAAUCUCAUGAAUGAAGAAACUUGUAUAUGACUUAUGUGCUUCUCAUUCAUAUUAUCACAAUGUGUACAAUGAAGAUAAUUUUAAUUGUUAAGGAUGAAAAAUUCAUCCUUUAUUGCUUAUGGAACGAUUUUGGAACUAUCAGAUUCUUCAAAUGUAUGGAUAUAUGGUAUA